AAAAAAUUAAAUUUAUGUAGUGUGAUAGUGAUUACAUACAUUAUUUACUGGUCAUACAUACGUUGCUGUUGAUUUCAACUACCUAAAGUAGCCUGCAUUACCCACAUGACACACACACGUAUAACAGCUUUAAAAAAUUCAAACGGUAUUUUACAUUUGUUGGCAUUGGGAGACAUAUUGACAUUUUAUGGAAAUAAAUUAUUUGGGUGCCAAAAACUAGCAAUAUAUCAAUUGUUAUAAGUGCAUAUAUUGCAGUAAACUUAACAAUGUCGAAGCAAAUUGCUAUUGAUAUAACUGCAAAAGAUAAACCAAAAAAGAUAAACUCUAUAAACCAAAUCUUAACUUGUGCAAAGUUAGUAAGUGCAUCUGCAAAUUCAUUGCAGUCCACAAAUAGUAUACAGACUAAUCCCAAAUUUGAAACACAAAAUAUAAAUAAAAACAAGGCAAUAAUUGUUACUGCUCCAUUGACAAAUAAAAAUGACUGCGAAAAAGUAUUUAAUGAUAAUGAUGAUGCAGAAGAGACUGUUAAGACAAGGACUGACAAAAAAGAAAAGAGAGGUUGGUGUUUGGAUGAUUUUCAAAUUAGUCGCCCAUUAGGACGAGGUAAAUUUGGCAAAGUUUACUUGGCACGUGAAAAAAUGUCAAAAUACGUAAUAGCCUUAAAAGUACUAUUUAAGUCCCAAAUUCGAGAAUCUAAUAUUGAACAUCAAGUUCGUCGUGAAAUUGAAAUUCAAUCACAUGUAAGACAUCCCAAUAUAUUAAGACUGUAUGGUUAUUUCCAUGAUGGCGCUCGGAUUUAUUUGAUAUUAGAAUAUGCACCAGGUGGCACAUUAUACAAUGAAAUGCGUUCGCAGCCUUUAAAAAGAUUUGGUGAAUCAAAGUCCGCUUCAUAUAUAAAUUGCUUAGCAUCUGCGCUCGAAUACUUACAUGAGCGUGAUGUUAUCCACAGAGAUAUUAAACCAGAAAAUCUAUUACUAGGACAUAACGAAGAAUUAAAAAUAGCAGACUUUGGUUGGUCCAUUCAGGAACCGAUUUCAACGCGGCUUACUCUGUGUGGUACAUUGGAAUAUUUACCACCAGAAAUGGUAAAAGGUACACCUCAUAACAAAAGUGUGGAUCUGUGGAGUCUGGGUGUAUUAUGUUAUGAGCUUGUAGUGGGAUGUACACCUUUUUUAGGAACAAGUUAUGAUAAAACUUAUAGAAAAAUUGUAAAAGGUCAAUAUAAACUGCCUGAUCAUGUUUCACACGAAGCUGCAGACCUUAUAGCAAAGUUAUUAGUACCUGAACCAAACAAUCGUCUAGCACUAAACAAAGUAUGUCAGCAUCCUUGGAUAAUAAGUCACACUAAACAACAAAACAUAGAAAUAAAAGAGAAAAAAAUAAUUUGAUAAUUUCAAAUUUAUUUUUUAGAUUUCAAACAUUUUAAUU